CUCAUGCAGUGUCCUCAGCCCACGGUUCUUUUCACCGGCCGAGACGAGGUUCUCUCAAAGAUGAAAGAUUGUGUUAUAGACGGUUCGGAUGAGAGACAUAUCUUCACUGUACAUGGUCUCGGUGGAGCGGGGAAAAGUCAGACGGCCUUCAAAUUCGUCGAUCUUCAUUCUGCUGAGUCAGUCAUUUCGCGAGCACAUACGUUUUCAGAUAUCUUCUUCAUCGACGCAAGCUCUGAGGAGACAAUCACCGUCGGCCUCAGCGACAUCGCCGUUGCCAGAGGAGUAGGAGAAUCACAUCACGAUGCACUCUCGUGGCUGGCCUCCCAGCAUACAAAGUGGUUGCUCAUAUUCGAUGGUGCCGACGAUACAACCAGGAACCUCCACGAAUUUUUCCCUGGUGGAAAACAUGGUGAUAUUCUGGUCACGUCGCGUAAUCAACAGGUCAAGCACCAUGCUCGUCCCCAAGGCGCCUCCUACGAGUUGCUGGGGCUCUCUAUUGAUGAUGCAAUGAUAUUGCUGCUCAGGACGGCCGGUUUGCGUGAAGAUAUCAUGGCCGGAGAUCAUGCGACAGAGAGUGCUAUGGGCUGCCUUGCUUUAGCUAUAGUACAAGCAGGCGCUUACAUCACUGACACCGGCUGCUCAAUCACGGAGUAUUUGGAAGAGUAUCAGAAACACCGCAGGGAACUCCUAGCGAAGCGCGGCGUACAGCAGUCCGACAAGUACAAGUAUUCCGUCUACACGACCUGGAAUCUGAGUUACGAGCGACUUGGCCUUCCCGCGCGCGUGUUCUUACAUCUAUGCGCGUUCCUCCACUACGACGGCAUAUCAGAGACCAUCUUCAGACGUGCCGCUGAAAAAAUAAGAAGAUUCAAGCCGUCGAUACCUUUGACCGACUUCGAACAGGCGUCAUUCGACAGCGCAAAACAAUUCUUAUCUUCCUUGAUGGACGAACACGGGUGGAGUCGUCCAAAAUUCCUUGCCAUCACAACGGAGCUCCGUUCGUUCUCUCUCAUCCAACAUGACCCAAGAAAUCACUAUUACUCCAUUCAUCCGCUUGUUCACGACUGGUCCAAAACGACCAUCGAAGAUACGAAGGCAUGCCAUCUGUCUACACAGUCAAUCCUUUCCGCUUGCAUCAGACACUCCUCAGAUGUAACUUCCGACAAAUUCAGACGUAGUCUCAUCUCUCACGUGAAUGAGGUGCUAAAAGAGCCGAGGAGUUGCACGGUAUCUGACUUCGCCACGGAAUGGGCACUGGUGCAACGUGAUGCCGGCCAAUGGGAGAGGGCAGCUGAGCUCGGGAAAGAGGUGAUGGAAACGAGGAAGCGAGUACUUGGUGAUGACCAUCUCGCUACAAUAUCAAGUGUGUCGAACUUUGCAACCACAUACUGGAAACAGGGAAGCUGGAAAGAGGCCCAGGAGCUCCCGCUUGCUCGUCUCCAGCACCGUCCCCACCGUCACCACCUGCUCGGCGAGGACCAUCCCGACACAAUAACAUGCAUGGCAAACCUCGCAGCCACAUACUCGAAUCAGGGCCGGUGGAAGAAGGCGGAGGAGCUGCAGGUGAUGGUGCUGGAGACAAGAAAGCGGGUGCUUGGCGAGGAGCAUCCUUACACACUACUAAGCCUGGCAAACCUCGCAUACACAUACUGGAGCCAGCAUCAGUCGGAAGAGGCAAAGAAGUUGGGAGAAUCUGUGGUGGAUUUUUGCAAACAUGUACUCGGGGAGGAGCAUCCCUACACACUGACCAGGAUGCAAAAUCUCGCAGUGACCUAUCGUGACCGAGGAAGAACCGAGGACGCGGAGAGACUGGAUGCAGUUGUGAGAGAAACGAGAGCCAGACUGGGUAGCAGAAAGGAUGUUUGA